AUGUCCUGCAGAGCAAGCGAGAAGUGUCAACAAGACUGCCUUCGUGGAACGUGUGCGUCAUCUUGCGACACCACUAAGGAGUGUGAUCAAGGAUGUUCCUAUGCAAAGUGCAACGCAACAUGUGGCUCGGGCGUCAAGAAUUGCACGCAGGAUUGUUCGUACGGCGAUUAUUGUAAUUUUACAUGUGAGAAUGACACCGAAAAUGGCUUGCAAUAUUGUUCAUAUCCAGCUAACUGCCAGCAGACAUGCAAUUCUAAGAAAUGUAACCAAGUGAGCUCAUAUUCGGAUAAGAGCCAGCUCACAUGCAAUUCCGAAAAAUGCGAUCAGAAGUGCGAGUACGCGGGUUGCAUAGCAACAUGUAGCUCGGGCGUUACGAAUUGCACGCAGGAGUGUUCGUCCGGGCAAUUUUGCAAUUUUACUUGUCACAAUGAGAUCGAGGUUUGCUCGCAACAUUGUUCAUAUCCAGAUAACUGCCAGCAGACAUGCAAUUCUAAGAAAUGUAACCAAGUGAGCUCAUAUUCGGAUAACAGCCAGCUCAAAUGCAAUUCCGAAAAAUGCAAUCAGAAGUGCGAGUACGCAGGUUGCAUAGCAACAUGUAGUUCUGAUGUCGAGGAAUGCACGCAGGGUUGUACUUUUGGCAAUGAUUGCAAAUUAAAAUGUGUUGCCGGAAUGAAAAAUUGCUCGCAAACGAGUUCAUUCUCGCAUAAGACCCAGCUGACAUGCAAUUCCAAGAAAUGCAAUCAGAAGUGCGAGUACACACGUUGCAUAGCAACAUGUAGCUCUGAUGUCGAGGAAUGCACGCAGGGUUGUACUUUUGGCAAUGAUUGCAAAUUAAAAUGUGAUGCCGGAAUGAAAAAUUGCUCGCAAAAGUGCUCAUAUUCGGAUAACUGCCAGCUGACAUGCAAUUCUAAGAAAUGUCAUCAAGUUUGCGAUUAUGAAGGUUGUAUAGCAAUAUGCGGCCCUGAUGUCGAGGAAUGCACGCAGGAAUGUCAACACACAAAGUGCAUAUCAUAUUGCAACGCCAAAAAAUGUGUUAAAAAAGGAAGCCAAUGGGUCCAGGGACCUAAUCUCACUACAACCAUCAAUCCGAGCACUAAUCAGGAACUUAAUCCAACUAAAAUCAUCAAUCCGAGCACUAAUCAGGAACUUAAUCCAACUACAACCAUUAAUCCAAACACUAAUCAGGAACCUAAUCCAACUACAAUCAUCAAUCCGAACACUAAUCAGGAACUUAAUCCAACUACAACCAUCAAUCUGAGGACUAAUCAAACAGUAACUGCAACAAAAACUACCAAAAAUGGUACGAAAAGUGAAGCCAGUUGUUUUGGUAAGCGAUAUGGUACCCUGCUGUUUCCUUUCCUUGUUGUCUUCCAAACUAAUUCAUGUAUAAUUUUUUGAUUUAAAUUUUAAAAGUGAACAAAUAGAAAUGGGGUGUUUUUACUGAGGUUUAUUACUGUAUAUGCAUGCAUGAGCAAUUAAGAUUUUAGUAAUAUUGUGAUCGUUUUUAUAUA